GGUGAAUAUGAAGUUAUGCCAAGCUGGGCCGAUUGUAGAAAGUAGAUCGACUUUGUUUCCAGAUUUUCACUGUUUUUAUGAUGCGUCGACGUAGGGGAUGGAGAGAAAGAGAUUUUGCCGAAGUCAACAGUGACAUGUGUAGGCUGUGUUUCCAAGGACCUGAUGAAGAAAUUUUUGGAAAAUUCUUAAAGGAUAUAAAUACUGGUUUUUCAGUUCACCAGUAUUGUAUGUUUCUUUCCUCAGGACUGGCUCAGAGAGGAAAAGAUGAUGAAGAAUUUGAUGGAUUUUUAAUCAAGGACAUAAAGAAGGAAAUAUCAAGGGCAAAGAGACUGAGAUGCAGUUUCUGCAGGAAGCUGGGUGCCUCUAUUGGCUGUUGUGAGGGAGGAUGUCGUGAAACUUUCCACUAUAAAUGUGGAAAAGAGAAUGGAGCUCUGUUUCAGUUUUUUGAUACCUUUAAUUCUUUUUGUCGGCAUCAUCGCCCAACCCAGGAUGUGGCAUUAAAAAGAAACCAAACCUGUCCAAUCUGUUUGUGUGAAAUAGAACAGAAGAAUAAGUCACCUGUUUAUGAUAUUCCCCUCGUCACACCUUGCUGUAGAAGGACAUGGUUUCACAACAAAUGUCUUCAGAAACAUGCAAAGUCAAGUGGGUUGUAUUACUUCCGUUGCCCAGUUUGCAAUAAUUUGGAAGAAUUUCAAGAAGAAAUGAAGCGAAUGGGAAUUUUCAUACCUGAUCAGGAUGCUAGUUGGGAAACAGAAGAUGCCUUUGUUGACCUUCUUUUUCAGUACAGUCGCUGUGAUGCAAAGAACUGUGUCUGUCCCAAUGGCAGAGAGUAUAAGGAAACAUCUGGAAAAUGGCGCUUGCGUUUAUGUGACACCUGUGGCCAAACUGGCACCCAUCUGAAGUGUCAACGCUGGAAGAAAUCCCCCGGAGAAUGGCAUUGUCAUGUAUGUGGACAUAGUGAGCCUCAAUUGAGUACACGGCAAAGACAAAUAGGGGAUCAUUCCAUGAACUAUUUAAGCCAUGACGAUGAUGAUGAUGCAUGGGAAUCACCAACAGAAGACUGUGAAGUCAAUGUGUGUUCAGUGUCAGAUGAUGAACCUCCUCUUGCUGAGAUCAGAAAUGAGUUAAACUGCAGAAGAGAGACACCUUUACCUGAAGAUACUGUUGUGAAGAAGCCUAACAUGGGAUCAUCUCCUAUGAGGAAACGUCUCAGAAUUUCCCUUCAAAGAUCAGAUGAUGAAGACGAAACAAUUGAACAAAAAGGAGAACGUACAAUAGAACUUCAAGAAACUCCUGACUUUAGUGGCCUUCACCUUGGUGACAGUUCAUCAUCGAUGACAUCUAGUGUUCUUCUUACUCUCUCUGGUCUUAUCACAGGGUCAGCGAGGGAAAAUCUUCAAAAUGAAUUUGAACUAAUUGGUAAAGAAUCUAUAGAAUCUGAUUGUUCAUCAGAUGCAAGUGUUGAGUUUGUUAAGGCAGUGAAAACAGAUAAGGAACAUUUUGACAGUGAAGCUAAUGUCGACAGAUCAGCACCAGUUCUCCCUAACACAAGAUCUGCACAAUGUGGUAAGGUGCCAAGAAGAGCAUGUUUCCGAGAAGUAAAACAGGAUUUGUCCUCAACAACAUCAAAAGCAGUUAUGGAUUUUGUGGAAGCAGAAUCUUGCAUCAUUUCUGUGAGGACUGAAGGAGGAGAGUCCACAUCAGUUGUGAAUUUUUCAGUUGCAGAGAACAAGGAGGAUAGUGAUGAAGAUUCCUGUUGCAUCACUAAAGUAGUGAGAAAGUUGUGUCCUUUUGGAAAUGACAAAUGUGGGCUGAAAUGUGACCUUGAUUGCUGUAAUUCUGUAGUGCGCCACAUUUAUCAGUCUCCAUCACCAUCAGCAGUGUCAAUGGGUUCAUAUGUGCACAAAGACUUACAAAGUAAGACAUUUGAUAGUUCCAGUACUUGUGGUAGUACAAGUCAUGUCAAAGGGAACAAAGGCAAACCUGUGGAUAAAAACAAACUCUUUGAUACAACAACCACAGAGGCAGUUGAGGAAGACAGGGCUAGUUUUAUCUCUGUUGGCACCAAUACCUUGCCUUUCAAACCAUGUGUGAAGAAAGAUUCUCUUCACAAGGUAGCCCCAGAUGCUGCAACUACUCAAAGGAAAAGAAUUAAAUUGAGCACCAAGAAGUCUAGCAAGCGUCUGAAAAGAUUUGCUGCUGUCCAGGAUGAAAAAGUAGCUUUGAGUCACAAAUGCUAACACAGACAUCUAAAACAAUUUACUAGUAGUAAUUUUAUUGUAUAGUCAGAGGAGUUUGUGUGGUAAUGGUGGCACAUUUGAGAAUGAAGUCCCUGUUGCAUUUCCUUUUUAACCCUUAACUCCCAUGAGUGACUAAGACAGAAUUUCUCCUAACAAUAUCAAUAGAAUAUCAAGCAGACUUGUGAUGAGAAUAAAGGAAAAUAUCAAUUAGGGGAUUAUUAGGUGAUCCUAUUCCAAAUUCUCUGAACUAACAUCAUAAGAAUUCUACCACAGACAGUGAGGAGAAUGACUUGUUAGAUCUCAUGAGUAAAUGGGUUUACAUUUUCACACCUAGAAGUGACCAAUUUUUAAGCAGAAAGGGGACUAGAAGAAAGACAAAUAUCAACUCUGGGGUAUUGCUUGAUUUAAAACCAAAUUCUCAGAGCUAAAAUCAGCUCAGAUGUAGGACAGAUAGUAGGGAGAAUUGAUAAUUGAGAUCUUCAGAGAGAUAUGGUGAACAGUUGAUUUGAUCGGAUGAUAGGACAAACACAAGGUUCCUGGGUCUUCAAACAAAUUGGAUCCUUGUGAGAAGUCGGAGGUCCAAAUCACUUGCCAAGUUCAAUAGGAGGAACAUUGCUCUGGGUAGAAUUAAACACCCUUUACACCCUAACAUCAGUAUGCAUAUUCUCCUUACUGUUCUCUAUACAUUUCUUAAGGUGCUAACAAGGAGAAUUUGUUUAACAAUCGAAGCUUCUUUGGUUGGUGAUCAUUUUCUUUAUUCUCUUCAUCUUAACAGAUGAUUGAGCAGUAUUUUUGCAAGGAGAAAUUAGAUGCUAGUCACUCUUACAGUUUAACCUUUAAAGACCAAGACAGAAAUUCUCCUUACAAUAGAGAAUUUGUUUAACAAUUGAAGCUUCUUUGGAUGGUGAUCAUUUUCUUAAUUCUCAUGAUCUUGAUGGAUGAUUCACCAGUAUUACUCUAAGGAGAAAUUAGAUGCUGGUCACUCUUCUGGUUUUAAAGCAUCAACGGGAACUGUUGUAGGGACUUGUCUCUCUGGGAGUGCCAAUUUAAACUGGGACUAUUUUUCCCCUUGGAUUAUAGAAGAAAUUUUAACUUACCAAGUACUGUAAAACAACUGUCUAUGGAGUUAUGUGUUUACUCCUCAACUAAAACUUCUCUUUUUCACUCUGUGUAGAAUUCUUAAUCAAUAGUGGGGCCACUUUUAUAGGGAGUUGCCAUAUGUGUUGUGAUUAAUGUUCACAGUUGUUGUACUUCAUUUUACUCUGAAAUAUUUUUAUUGGUUUUUAUGUAAAAUUAAAGAAGCAAUGAUCA